AUGGGUAAUCUAUGUACCCAUCAUGAUGCUACCGUUGUGUUGGACCAGCAGCAGGAAGCACUGACGAAAGAACAGCAGUUGAGCAAUCCGAAUCAUCUAAACAACGGCACGGACUCGGCAUCGGGAGGCUCCUCCUUCUUCGAAAUUGAUCACGGAGUCUUUAUACCAGCAAGUGAACAUCGUGAUAUCAAAUACGUUCACCGGCAGCUCAAGUACGCUCAAAAGGAAGCAAGAAAAAAGAAGAAACCAAUAUUCUGUCUCAAAACUGGAGAAAGCGAACGCCAUGAGUUCCAGUCAGGAGCGUUGAAUCAUCCACUCGUUAUUGAAGCAGUGGAAACUUUAUUUGUAACAUUAAAAGUGGAAAUUCCUCCUGGUGAAUGGGAUACCACCGUUGUGGAAAUCCUUGACAAGCGGGGAAAACCUCUGCUCCCAGCCAUUGCGGAUGAUCAGUUGCGCAAGAGGAAUCUUGUGGUUGUGGUGGAUACAUUGGUAAAGGGGUUGAAACUCUCUUCGAAACCGGUACCUAAGUAUCUAAGUCUAAUGUUGGAAGAGGAAUCGGGAAAGACAGAAGUGUUGCCAACGGGCAAGAGCAAGAAAGUGGAUAGGGUGGCUUUCUUUGGAGUUAUGGAUAGCAAGCUGACAGAAGGAAAAUUUGCAGAAAUGAACGGCGUCCUGGAGGUGGAAGUCUGCAUGUAUAGGGAGCAACAGUUGCUCCGAGUGAGAUAUGCUUCCAGGGUGACAUCCCUUGGCACCCUAAUGAAGCAAGCUCUCUCCCAGAACUUGGCAAAAUCGAUAUACUACCAAAGUCAAGAAGAACUCAUCCUAGCUCGAAUGACCUGCGAUCAACUACAGCGAAGCAGUCACAUUAUUAUAAAAAUGGAAGAUCCCAGCCAAAUACGCAAAACAACUGCUGGGAGAACUGGGCUGCGGUCGACUUCACUUCGCUUUGUUCCCAUGACGGAUCUGCAAAAGCUUCAUGCCAACACACUUGUCAAUGAAGGACGAUUCAACGAAGCAACGAGACUUUUGAGUGCAAGGCAAUCAGCACGAAUGACAAAAGGUUUUGCCGAUGCGAAUUUGCGUCGAGACUCUGUUGAUUUGACCCUUGUGGAAUCCUGGUGGUCAUAA